GACUUUGUCCAUCAUCUCACAAAUCUGAAAGCUUUGCUCCAAAGGAUUGCAACUCUUUGGCAUAGUUUCCUAUAUUUAUUCAAUCCAAUCUCAACAUUUCUAUAUUUCCCAGAUACCCAUAGUUACUAGUUACCACAGAAUAAUCCAAGAGACAAAAGGAAAAUUUGUUUUUUCCCUGUUUUUUGGGAAGAAAAAUGAAGCCUCCCCUUCCUUCUUCUUCGUCUGCUGUUCUUAGAAAGGCUCGUCUCUCACCUUACCUCUUCACCCUGUUAGCUUUCAUUGUUUUCGUUGCUCUCCUCUAUGGGGAAGACUUCAUGUGCAUUUUCGGACAGCUUGAACCAAUCCCAGGCCGACCAAUCUCUAGACCAGUGAAGAAAAGAGAGAAGUUGCCAUUCGCUGCGGGGAAGACCGAGGAAGGGUGUGACGUGUUCAGUGGGAGGUGGGUUCCGGACGAAUUGACUCGGCCUCACUAUGAAGAAUCGGAGUGCCCCUACAUCCAACCUCAGUUGACGUGUCAAGAACAUGGAAGACCUGACAGGGAGUAUCAGAAAUGGAGAUGGCAACCCCAUGGCUGCGAUCUUCCUAGCUUCAAUGCCACGUUGAUGCUGGAGAGCCUAAGAGGGAAGAGAAUGAUGUUUGUGGGAGACUCAUUGAAUCGUGGUCAAUACGUAUCAAUGAUCUGCCUUCUCCAUAGACUCCUCCCCGAAGAUGGAAAAUCCAUGAAAACUUACAACAAUGAUGCCCUGACAGUGUUUCGAGCCAAGGAUUACAAUGCCACCAUUGAAUUCUACUGGGCUCCAUUCCUCCUGGAAUCGAACUCGGACAAUGCUGUUGUUCACAGGAUAUCUGAUAGGAUUGUCAGGAAAGGUUCGAUCAACAAGCAUGGCAAGCAUUGGAAAGGCGUCGAUAUUCUGGUUUUCAACACCUAUCUUUGGUGGAUGACCGGCCUGGAGAUGAAGAUCUUGAAAGGGUCCUUUGAGGAUGAGGAGAAAGAAAUAAUGGUGGUGUCAACCGAGGAUGCCUAUCGAAUGGCAAUGAGAACCUUGUUGAGAUGGGUGAGGAAAAAUAUGGAUCGCAAGAAGACAAGGGUCUUCUUCACUAGCAUGUCACCUACUCAUGCAAAGAGCAUCGACUGGGGAGGUGAACCUGGUGAGAAUUGUUACAAUCAAACUACAUUGAUCGAAGAUCCUAAUUACUGGGGUUCAGAUAGCAGAAAGAGCAUAAUGAAGGUGAUCGGAGAAGUAUUCAGCAAAUCAAAGUUUCCCAUUACAUUUCUCAACAUCACUCAACUCUCGAGUUACCGCAAAGACGCUCACACAUCGAUUUACAAGAAGCAAUGGAAUCCGUUGACGCCUGAGCAGCUAGCAAACCCUGUCAGCUAUGCUGACUGCGUGCAUUGGUGCUUGCCAGGCCUUCAAGAUACUUGGAAUGAGCUUCUCUUUGCCAAGCUAUUCUAUCCUUGAAUAUAAUUCUUCAAUGGUGAAUAUAUAUAAAUAUAUCUGUCAAAUCUUCUUUCUGAUUGGUUUGGUCAUGGCCAGCAACACGAUCGAGUGGCGUCUAACCCUUUUUUCCAUUACUAGUUUUGGGGGCUUGGGGUGGUCAUUGGUGUCAACAGACUGGACAGUCAAAAGGGGGAAGAAGAAAUGAAAACAGGAGCUUUGUAAAAUAAUAGAGCUUGUUGCAAAGGAAAUUUCACAAAGUGAUUGAAUUGAUUGAUUUUUUUUUCUCUUAA